AUGGUCGGUAGCCUUGAUUGUAUGCACUGGCAAUGGAAAAAUUGUCCCACCGAAUGGGCAGGGCAAUAUACUGGCCAUAAGGGGAAACUGACAAUCAUCUUAGAGGCGGUGGCCUCCUACGAUACUUGGAUUUGGCAUGCCUUCUUCGGACUUCCAGGUUCCCUGAAUGAUAUUAACGUCCUUGGAUGUUCACCGUUGUUCAAUGCUCAAUGCGUUGGUGAAACCCUUGAAGUGAGCUACCAGGUACGUAAUGGGCAUUAUCGUCAAUGUUAUUACCUAGUUGAUGGCAUAUACCCUAAGUGGGGGUCAUUUGUACAAGCAAUCCGAAACCCGAGGUCGCCGCAGACACAACAUUUCACAAGGAUGCAGGAAGCACACAGAAAAGACGUGGAGAGAGCAUUUGGUAUUCUCCAAGCUCGUAGGGCAAUCAUAAGAGGACCAGCUUGUAGGUGGAGUAAGGAGAACCUUCAAUACAUCAUGAUGACGUGCAUUAUCUUGCACAAUAUGAUUGUUGAAGAUGAGCAUGAUGAAGAUGCAGCAGAUCCAUUUGAUCUGGAUGAUAUCCCAACCAGACCAAGGAAAGCAGAGAUAUAUAAGAGACUAGAAAUAGACACCGAUGUUCAUCGCAAUCCGCAACAACUAAAUCAAUUCUUGCGUCGUUAUAGGGAGGUUAGAUAUCCAGUGAUGAAUAAAAACCUCCAAGACGAUCUAGUCGAUCACCUAUAG